AUGUCGGUGAACAGAAAGAGCAUCCCGGACAAGAAAGCGGGGCAACCAGUCGUGCGUCAGGUGCGCGUGAAGCCGCUGAUUACGUCCAAGACCUUCGACCCUGCUCCCAGUGAGAAAAAGGAGCUGCAGUCGAUACACGCACUGCUCGAUAAGAUGGCCUCUGACGCCACGCCGAAAGCUGAUGCAGCGGGCAAGAUGGCUGCGAGACGAUGGAUGGGGAAGUCAGCGAGCCAGAUCUACAGCGAGUUCUGCGAGGAAACGAGCUUCACGGCGCUCACCAAGAUCCACAAGGCAGACUUCCGCCUCAAGCGCGUCAUAUGGGCCGUCACGUGCGUGUUCAUGACCGUCAUGCUCGCCGUGCAGAUCACGUGGCUCUUCCAGAAAUACUUCCGGUGGCCAGUGGAGCUAUCAAUAGAGGUGAAUGCGGUUCCGGUACUGCAGUUCCCGAGCGUCACCAUCUGCAACAUCAACCCGUUGAAGAAGGACAACAUGAGGUCGGGUCCAUUUCAAGAGAAGAGCGCGGUGUUCACACUAGGCAAAGACGACAUGAUUUACGACGACUAUUUGAACGAUCUCAUGAACGAAAUGACAGAAAAUUCACGCGACGGCAACGUGAGCGAUAACGAAAUAUCGUCGCUGAUGCAGAAGAACGACUUCAACAAGUGGAACGUGCUACGUAAUAACACGGAAAUGGCGGAGGAUUUCUACCGUUCCAUGGACGACGGUCACGUGGCAAUCCUGGCGUACUCGGACGUAGCGGCCAACAUGAACGGCGAGGAGUUGCGGACAUACGGACACCAGAGCGAGGACAUGAUCAUCUCGUGCACCUGGCAGGGCAUGGCCUGCUCGCCGGACAACUUCACCUACGUUCGCAACAACAUGUAUGGCAACUGCUACACAUUCAAUGCUUUCGACAACGGUCAAGAUCCACUGACAACGAACUACCCGGGUCCACUUAUGGGCCUUACUCUGGAGCUGAACAUAGAGCAGGGGCAGUACGUGCCGGCCCUGGCUCAGGACGCCGGGGUGAAGAUCGUGAUUCAUGAACGGGGAACCUACCCCAUACCGGAAGACGCGGGACUGUCGCUCCCGCCGGGGAUGAAGACUUCCAUCGGGUUGGACAAGACUGAGUAUAAGCGCCUCCCCCCGCCCCACGCUGACUGCGGCACGAGCGGCCAAGGCGUGGUGGACAUGUAUGCACGUGACUUCGGAACCGCCUACACCAAAGAGACUUGCCUCAAGUCAUGUAUCCAGGCCGCCUUACUGGACCAGUGCGCAUGCGCAACCUCCAUCUUCUACGUGCCACCUGGCGAGAAAGUCUGCUCAAUGUCCGGAAACGAUUCAACGUGCGUGUCCACAGUUACGGAGGCAGUCGUGGAAAGCUGCAACGGGAGGUGUCCGACACCUUGUGACGACACCGUGUACUCCCUGAUCACGUCUAUGUCACAGUGGCCUUCUGAAAACUACGAGGAUUAUCUGGAUUGCAAGAUAUCUAAAACGUCAAGCUAUUUCAUGGACAAAGAACAACGACAGGACAGCGAUACAACCCUGCUGAAAGUGGACGUUUUCUACACAAGGUUGAUGCUUAAAAAAGUCGAACAGAAGAAAGCGUACGAAUCUGAAAACCUGAUAUCUGACAUCGGAGGCCAGCUGGGUCUGUGGUUGGGCCUCUCUGCAAUCACGUUCGGCGAGCUGAUUGAUCUGUGUGUGUCCAUGGGGAGGGCAGCACUCGACAAGUGCUGCGACCGGAAGUUGCAUGAGGAGGAAAAACAAGGCAGUGAGUCUGACAUAGCCUAGCAGACAUGAAGGUUCGGACAGGUCCGCCGACUGGGAACAUGCGCGGGCUCAUGUGUGUUCGAGGUGCAUUAACAGCUCUAUCAGGAACGCAUCAUAAUUUGUAACAUCGCUGCGUGUUUAAGCUGUUGUGUUUUAUUUUAUUGUUUCUGUUGUAUUUUAUAAUGUCAUCUAAUUAUGUUUUGGCUGUACAUGUAUUUAACGUAUCAUAAUUAAAUCAAUAGCAAGGACGCUACAAAUUGUUGUACAUGUAGGUUGGGUAUAACAAGUAUUUAUUGCAGUACAUUUCUUAUUAGUUCUUUUUUGUAAUAAUAACCUCGUGUUUUUUUCCGCGGCUGAAUAAGGAAAUUAAACCAGUUGCACUCAGUCCCGGGGUUUACCCGUUAGACAGAGUAGGCAACUGCCUAUGGACCCCGCGACUGUUCGGGGCCCCAUGAGACCGUGACGAUAUAACACA